AUGGCUUCUAGCGAAAUCCAGUACGAUUUUUCUACUCUUGCGACCUCUUAUUUAGGUUUCUUUGUGGAUUCAGAAACUCUCCUGACAUUUCUUAAUACAACGCAGACUGGACUUGCACAUACUGCUUCAGGAACCGAUUUCAGUGUGCUAAUGAAACACUUAUUGGUGUCACUAUGUAUUUGCCUCUUCGAAAUUCUAUGUUUCUCGUAUCUUCGUAUUUAUUUGAAGAAUCUUUAUCAACCUCUAGUCUUCCUGUCAAUAAAUGCGGACGAUGUGGCUCAACAAUCAGUUUUUGGAUGGUUAAUUCCAACUUGGAGGAAAAAUACAAAUGAUUACAUGCGGAGUGACCUAGACAGUUAUUUUUUCAUUCGAUUUAUUGACCUCUUGCUAUUCUAUUUCAGCACUUGUGGUAUUCUUAAUUUCGCCAUUUUAGUUCCCAUCAAUUUCUCUGGUAAUAGUACAACACAUUUUGCUACCGGGUUAGACAAACUUAGCCUUUCAAACAUUGCCCUAUCAAAGGCAAAUCGUCUCAAUGCACAUUUUGUUUGCACCUUGGUGUCAAUUGCAUUUUUCCAUUGGGCUCUUUUUCGUGAAAUGCAAAAUAUAUUUGAGAUACGACAAGUCUACCUAACAUCCACGUCGCAUAAGCUCAAAGAGCUGUCACGUAUUCUACUAGUAGGGGAUGUACCAGAGGCUUACCGAAAUAUUGAUAAACUUCAAUCUCUCUUCAAGUUUUUCUCAGGUGGGUUAGAAGAAGUUUGGUUCACAGAUGAUUAUACGAAAUAUGAAAGACAAACUGAGAAGGCCCAAGAUGCAUUAGACACAUUCGAAGAGGCUCAAAUUCGGUUUCUUCAAAAGAAAAUUAAACUAAAAGAUUCAAGCAAAAACAAAAACCAGGAGAGUGUACUUCGUCUGUGGCCAUCAAUUUUCUUUCCUUUGGUAAAGAUCCCGCUCUUGGAGAGACGGGUUUCGAUCAGGCUACCCGGUAUUUUUCGGGUCUUUUUGUUUCAAAAAAAGAUUCCAAUAUUGGAGUUUUGUGUCCAAACAUUAGCAGAUACCAAUGAUAUCUUACUACAACGCCUUCAGGAUAUCAAACUUGGUGAUUUCGACAAGAAGGAAAAGGUUAUUUUGAAGUUCCGAUCACAAGAAUCUAUGCACAUGGCACACCAGACAUUACUCUCGAAAGAAAUAUGGUCUUUUAAUCAUUCGCUAACCAAAGUCCAUCCAGAUGAUAUAAUGUGGGACAAUGUGAUAAGAAAGAGUACUUUCUUUACUUCAGUAGAAAAAUACUUCAUAUGUGUCAUUAGCAUUCUUGCCAUUGCUCUUUACAUUAUUCCUGUUUCAUUGAUUACUUUAUUGUCUCAAAUUCCCGUCAUUAUCAAAUUAUUUCCUUUUAUGAUCUGGUUGGCAAGUACUCCAAAGCAGGUGAGAGAGGUUCUCUCGAGUUUACUACCAGCAAUUUUGUUGAGCAUACUUACCGAAUGUCAGCUUCAAGUCUUUCAGAUUUUAGUUCAUUGGAAAGGGAAAUGGAGCGGUAGCGAAAAGGAAUUGGAUCUACAACAAUGGUACUUUGCGUUUCUUUUCAUACAGCACUUUUUGGUGGUAUCCAUCCUGUCAAGUCUCAUAGUUGUUGUUGUUCAGGCUGUUGAAAAGCCAGCAUCAAUUCCUAUUAUGUUAGCAGCUAAUGUUCCAAAAAGUGCAACUUUCUUCUUUAAGUAUUUGGCAGUGAAGGCAUUUGCCAUGUGCGGCGGUAGCUUUCUCCAAAUAUCUCGACUUACUAAACAUUGGUUAUACUAUCCUUUCGUGGAUACCACCCCAAGGUUAAAGAAAAAAAGACUUCAUGAUCUCCCAAAAAUCAGUUGGGGAUCUAUUUAUCCUUUGAUAUCUGUGUAUGCUUCCAUUGGUAUUACUUACUGUGUAAUUUCGCCCAUGAUAUCUUUGUUCAUGAUAUUUAUAUUCCUGUUGAUUCUAUUAUAUUAUAAGUAUGCCCUUGAUGAGGUGUACUCACAUGAAAAUCCAAAGGACACAUUUGGAAUGUUGUAUCCUCGGGCUCUUUUCCAUCUAUACUCUGGAAUAUAUUGUUUAGAGUUCUGCAUGAUUGGUCUAUUCUUUGCCCUGCGGAACCCCAAUGGAGAGUGCCCCAUGAAAUUUCAGGGAUUAGUGAUGAUUUUGGUUCUAUUGUUGACCAUAUUCGGCAAUGUGUAUGUUCACACACAUUUUGGAGCACAUUUUGAGCACGUUCCAGUUCUCAACGAAUGUGAAGAGUCUGAUGACGUUUACACCAAUAGUAACAGCGAUCCCCUGCUGUAUUUGCAUCCGUGCUAUUCUUUUGAUAAGCCCCAGAUCUGGCUUCCCGCAGACAAGCUGGGAGAGGCUAGUUGCAUAAUCAAGCGACUUUCUGUUUAUGAUAAGGCCUUCUCAGGUGGCACGAUAGAAAAUGCAAAGUUCACAGAUGGAGGAUCGUUCAUCUUAGACGCUAGUAACGACGCAUCAAAAUCAUGA